AUGCUCGAUGGCGUCUGUGCCUAUCUCCCGAAUCCGGCUGAGGCUCCUGUAAAGGCUGUUGACGUCGAGGCCAGCAAGCAAGCCCGGAACGAUCAUGCUAUUGCUGUUCAAAAGGGCGAAAUUUCACCUGAAGAAAAGCCACAUGAUGUAGCCGUUGACCUCGUUCCUGCUUCUUCCGCUCCGUUUGUUGGGUUGGCCUUCAAGCUAGAAGAAGGAAAGUAUGGCCAGUUGACAUAUAUGCGCGUGUAUCAAGGCAGUAUGAAGCGCGGCUCGGUUAUCUUCAAUACUAGGACCGGGAAGAAGGUCAAAGUUCCCAGGUUGGUUCGCAUGCAUAGCGACGAUAUGGAGGACAUUGACAACAUUGGCCCUGGUGAAAUUUGUGCAAUUUUUGGCGUGGAAUGUUCUUCUGGAGAUACUUUUACCGACGGAACAACUUCACUCUCGAUGACUUCAAUGUUUGUACCCGACCCUGUCAUCUCGCUUUCUAUCAAACCGGUCGGAACCGAGACACCCAAUUUUUCCCGAGCUCUCAAUCGCUUCCAGAAGGAGGAUCCGACAUUUAGAGUACACAUUGACCACGAAAGCCAGGAAACAAUCAUCUCAGGCAUGGGCGAACUCCACCUUGACAUAUAUGUUGAACGCAUGAAGCGAGAGUACAAUGUUGCAACCAUUACCGGAAAGCCUCAGGUUGCAUUCCGAGAGACCAUCACUGGUCGCUCCGAGUUCUCAUAUACUCAUAAGAAACAAACCGGAGGUGCAGGACAGUUUGGUCGUGUGAUUGGAUAUAUCGAGCCGAUGACUAUGGACCCCGAAACUGGCAAGGAUGUUGGGUUUGAAAACUUAGUGAGCGGUGGAAAUAUUCCAAGUGGAUACAUCCCUGCUGUCGAAAAGGGAUUUGAAGAAGCUCUCCAAAAAGGGCUUCUGUCUGGAUAUCCAGUAACAGGAUGUAAAUUCGUAUUGGAGGAUGGGGCGUACCAUCAAGUGGAUUCGUCCGAACUGGCAUUUAGGCUUGCGGCAAUUGGUGCAUUCAAGGAAGCGUAUCAUCGUGCACAACCAGUGAUUAUGGAACCUAUUAUGACGGUCGAAGUGGUUGCUCCUAUUGAAUUCCAAGGUGCUGUAAUUGGUGGAAUCAACCAGCGCCGUGGCACAAUCGUUGACACCGAGGUCCGAGAUGACGAAUUUACGGCGAUCUGUGAAGUCAGCUUGAACGAUAUGUUCGGGUACGCGAGCAACCUUCGUGGCAUUACACAGGGCAAGGGCGAGUUCUCAAUGGAAUACAAGAUGCAUCAGCCUGUCUUACCCAACGUCCAAAAAGACAUGAUAGACGAGUACAGGAAGAAGCAACUAGAAAAGCACAAGUAG